AUGGCGGGCAGCCCCGCGUUCGCGGAGCUGCGGCGCGAGGCGCCGGCGGGCGAGGCCGAGCCGCCGGGCGCCGCCUGGAGCGGGGACAGCGGCACGGUGUCGCAGAGCCACAGCAGCGCGUCGGGGCCGUGGGAGGACGAGGCCGCGGAGGACCUGUCGCUGCUGCGGCGCGCCGCGGAGAGCUGCGCCGCCUGCCUGCUGCCCGGCGCCGGGCCCGGGGCCCCCGGGGCGGCGGGGGCCGCGGCGCGCCCCGAGGUGGCGGCCCUGGACGCCGGCCUCGAGGACCUGCUGUGCAGAGUGGACGAGUUCGCGGGCAUGCUGGACAUGAUCCGCGGCGACUCGUCGCACGUCGUGAGCGAGGGCGUGCCGCGCAUCCACGCCCGGGCCGCCGAGAUGCGGCGGGUCUACGGCCGGAUCGACAAGCUCGAGGCCUUCGUGAGGAUGGUGGGCGGCCGCGUGGCCCGCCUGGAGGAGCACGUGGCCAGGGCGGAGGCCGAGCUGGGCGCCCUCCCCAAGGCCAGGUCCCAGCUGCUGCGCGCCGUGCCCGUGCCCGCCCUCUUCCACCGCCCGCCCCCGGCCCCGCCCUCCGCAGGGCCCGCCGAGCCCCCGGCGCUGUUCCGCACCGAGGACUACUUCCCGUGUUGCGGCGACAGCCCCCAGCUCUGAGUCGCACGGCACCCCGAGCACCCCGGAGCAGAGCCUCGGCGGACCCCGGGGAGACCUCGCCCCCCCCCCCCAACUCGGAUGUGAUUGGGGUGUGUGCAGCUUCGACGCGCACUUCCUGCAGAAGACGACUCCUCCCUCUCCCUCAUUUGUCUGAAGGCUGCAGGGUUGGGGGAACGUGACCUCUACAACAUGGCACAACUAAUUGCCCCUUUGGGAUUCUCCUACUCAACGGACAGGGUUAUCUUUUCAAGAUGUCUAUAUUUAUAUAACUGAGAAAAGUUACCAAGCCAUUAAAGCCUUAUCACUCAA